UUCAACUGAAUAAUAACCCUGCCAAAUAUUAAUUUCAGGUCUGUUGUGAUUGGAGAGACAUUGCCCUUACCAUACGUGAUAAAGUAUUUAAUCAGCAUGAGGAACAGUUGAUAGACAUCCAUGAUGUCAAGUGCAAAGAGUGGGGAUUUCUGUUAAAGAAAUUAUUUGGCCAUCACCUUGGCACAGGGGACUACGGACAUCUUGUCGUGGACCACAGUGCAAUGCUGUUGCGACAUUUUCGUUCCCUAUAUAAAUAUUCUGGCCAAGGAUUUGAGUCUUCACACAAGCUACACAGGCAGUUGUAUUCCAGGGCCACAAAUCAUGAUUGUUCAGGACAAGGCCAAUCUUUGAACCAAAUCCUUACUCACUGGUAUACAACCAUGCUUUUGUCACUGCGGUAUUCAUUCCAACAAGCAAGGGAAUGCAUCAUUUCAGGCAAGAAGAAGUUUUUUUACCGUGGAUGUGGCUGGAAAAGCAUUGACAUGAAAUCAUGGACAAAGGAGAAAAGAAACUGGAUAACGAUGGUUUGUGACUUAUUUAACCAAAUGUUUGGAAAUGACUUUCUGGUAUACACAUACACUGCUGAUCAUGGUACCAAAGUUAGCGAUGAAGAUUUGUCAAGACUACUGGAGUAUGAUCAUGAUUAUUGGGAAGUACAAUACGCCAAUCAUGUACUGAAUAAUACGGAGCAAUCAUCUAUCAGAGAGGGUGUAAAAGAGAAUCUUUGUAAACCAAGACCCCCUCUCAACACUGACUUGCUAAAUGAUGUUCCUGCAAGCCUGUUCCCCGCUAAUUUGGGCAAUGACCAACGAGAUGAUGUACCUGCAAGUGUGAUGCAAAAUUGCCAAAGUCAAAGUUCACCAAAGCCCAAACAAGAAAUGCAUGAGGACUCUGAUGACUGCAAAAUUGAGGAUGUAACAUCUUCACCACAGGGUCUUGCCAAAGAUGUCUCCAACAUAGAGGCCGAUUUAUGUGCUCCCUUGCAGAAUGAUGUCCCUCAAAAUACUGUUCCAGAGUUUCAGAGUCACCAAACACCUGAGCAGGUGACUUGUGAAGACACCAUCGAUGAUAUGUCAGCAGAAUCGCUUGUCAGUGGAAGUUCUUGUUUUUCUCCCAUCACUGAAGGAGGGCGACUUGAUGGAUCAAACCAGGCUGCCUUACGUGUCUCUAUGGAUGAAGCCACCACAAGAGCGGAAGUGGCUGCACUAUUCAACCUAAUACCACCUAUAUCAAGUAAACCGUCCUCUGGUCUUCAUCCAGUUCGUGAUGCUACAACAAUUUCUGAUCCGUUCACAUUGAAUAUGCGCCCUUGUGAAAAUGUUGUCAAGGAAGCUGAAAAGCUUCUUGAUGAUGAAACGAAUAAGGGAAACCAUCCAUCUGGUAUCAACAUAGUGGGUAUUGGACAGUUCUCCGAACGUGGAUUAUCAGUUUUGAAACAGUUUUGCACCAUAGCAAAUACUAGACAUAAGGUGUGUUCUGAGGCAAAUUGGCUCAACCAGUUGAGGUGCUCAUCACCAGAUUUAGUGAGGAUUCAGGAAGCCCUUUGGCACCAACCAGCCACUAAUAUAAUCCUUAGGUUUGGAAAGAAAAGUAUUGACGUUACUUCAUUUGCAGAUCUUGCAUUGGAAAGGUAUAUUGACAGUUUUGUAAUAGACAUUUCCAUAGGAAAGUACUUAGAAGAAGCAAGAAUGAACGGAAAUGACAAUACACUUUACUUUCCUUCAGAAUUUUAUGACUGGAUGAAAGCACCCGACAUCAAUUUCAAGAAAAAGUGGAUGGCGAGAACAGCAUCUGAAUUGAAGAAUUUCAACACCCUCCAGCAAAUAUUAGUCCCAGUCCAUAUGCCAAACCACUGGGGUUUGAUUUAUGUCAAUUUGUCAAGGAUGGAAAUGUACUUUGAUGAUGGACUAAGAUAUGUUCCCCCAUUUACAACCCUUCCCACAAUCAAAGAUUUGUUGGAACUGCUGACAAUUAUGUAUCCAUCUCAUGCGACCCUCCAAACAAAGUUUUGGGUAAACUGCAACCACUUCAAACGAUUUGGAAUGCCAGAUCAAAGAGUGAAUGAUUCGAAGAUGAUUGGUGCUGGGAGCUGUGGAGUUGGUGUUAUCAUGGCAGCAAGAGACUUCUUGGAGAGGGGCCCUUCAUGUAUCAACAGCUUUGCGUGGAGAUACAGUGACAUGGACUUGCAUCGGAAAAACCUUAUGCUUCAGAUUCUUGAUUGGGCCCGCGUGUAAAUUUAGUUUGUUUAGCUUGCAGUGACAAUGCUCCGGUGCAGUUCGUUUAAAUUGAGCUGUUGCUAUCUCACACCAAAAUUUAUCUUUUGUUUCCUGUUGAUUUAAUUUCCUUUUCAACUAACUUUAAACUAUUCUGUCUUUUUUGGGUGGUCAGUUCAUUUGAGCUGUUGUUAUCUGAGGGCAGAAUA